AUGACUGUGAGGGAAAUGAUGCGCCACGUGGUGUGUUUACUGGUUCUUAUGGUGUGCUGCGCCUAUGGGUGUGUGUCUGCUACUCAACCAUCUAAUGAACCUCAAGCUGAACGUCAUAAGAAUAUGAAUGAUCUUCAGCGUAGAGGUGAGAUUGAGGCUAAUUUGACACAAAAGGGGAUUACACCUGGUGUUCGUGUGGCUGGUGCUGUAAAUCAGGAUUCUCAUCCUAAUCGUGCUGUUCUUCAAGCAGGGGCUUCUAGUGCAGAGCAGCACGGUCCCGGUACACCUGGUGUUGAUGAUGUUGAAGGUGCAAACAAUUACAAAGUCCAUCCUGGUGUUGGUGGUGUUCCUCCCGUUAAUUCCGAUGGUGUUACUCGUGCUACACAGGAUCAAUCUCAGGACAGUCGUGCUGGUAGUGCACAUGUUGAAGCGGGUGGAAGAAAAGCUUUAUCUACUCCUCAUCCUUCUGGUAUUGUCCCUGGUUUCAAGAAUGAGGAAACCCCUGCUCCUGGUGAACGUUUACCUUUAUGUCCCUCAUUUUCUAACACGAGUGGCAAUGUUAUUGGUGGAGUACCUGGUAAGGACGGUGUUACUUGUGCUCCUGGCGUUCCUGGCUCUGUUUCUCCUCUUCCCAGUGGUCCGUCUCCAACGUCUGAAGAGGUCAAUGGUAAUCUAAGUAUUAUCGUCAACAACGUUACCCAUCCUAAUGGUACAGCACUUGAAUCAGAGCUUAAACCUGCGCCUACAGGUGCUGGACUGAAACCUUAUGUUCCACCCAAUGCUUCUGACCCUCCUCAUGGUUCUAAAUUUCCCGGUGUUUCUGGUGCUGUUCCUAUUGUUCAUAAUAAACCUGAUACUCCUGAAUAUCCUGGUGUGCCUGCUGCUGCUCUUCAUGUUGGUAAUGGCAGCAGUGAAGCGGGUCGUGUUCGCUUUUCUCGUCCUGUUACUCAGGCCACGGAUGCUGAUUCCCACAGUACUACAGAUUCCUCGGAUACUGCAAGCCCUCAAAAUGGAGAGAAUAAUAAUCAGGCAGAGACUACUGCAGCAUCUUCACAGAGUGAAUCAAUAAGGAACACCCCCAAGACACCCACUAAGGUGACGCCACCAGCAAUACCAACAAUACUGCAACCUCCUUUGCCUGCGAAGACCGACACCAAACCACCCAAGAAGAGUAAAGCAGACAGCAGCAGUAUGAGUUCUGUGUGGGUACGUGUGACACUACUGAUUAUGGCUGUGUUGUUCUCCGCUACUGUGUACUGA